CAAACUCCGCAUACCCGGAGCACUGGGCCUUUUAAAACGAACUCGCCCACUUUAUAAACAACCAAAUUACAGCGCUCAGAGGAUAAAUCGGCUGCUCCGCCCAAAUCUCAAUUAGACUACGCUCCGCCAACUACAGAAACUGGUGUGGAAAUCAGUUCGUUUGGAGUAAAAUAACCAUCGGAAAGGGGUCUGAAAAAGACUUUCAGAACACAGCAAGGCAACUAAAGGAGCGCAGUGUCAUUCUCGUAACCGAAUUGUCCAGGUAACCUCAAAAUUCUCCGGACAUCAUACAUCUUUGUUUAUAAAUCUGCAGAUAGGUGGAAACUAUCCUAUCAACAUGUUUAAUUCACUCCAGGCGGGUUGGGAGGACAGGGAAGCCACGAUGGUGAAUCUGAAAAACGUAUCUCCUCCAAGUGAAGGAAUACGGUGCAAUCAAGGUGAAAUCACCGCUGUUUGGAAUGGUGAAGGGCUGGGACCAGGGACUCUGUACAUUGCAGAAACAUGUGUAUCAUGGUUCGAUGGGUCUGGAAUGGGGUUUUCUUUGAAAUACCCGUCAAUCAGCCUCCAUGCAAUCUCACGCGACUUUACUGCGUACCCAGGAGAGCACCUGUACGUCAUGGUCAACACCAAACUCAACGAUAAGUGUGCGGAGGAAGAGGAUAAUGAGAGUACUGAUGAUGACUGCAACGCGGAUUCCAUAAGUCCUGUUACAGAGAUCCGUUUUGUGCCCAGUGAUAAGGCUACCUUGGAGCCCAUGUUCUCAGCCAUCUCUGAAUGCCAGGCCCUGCACCCUGACCCUGAAGACUCCGACUCUGACUUUGAGGGAGAUGAGUACGAUGUUGAAGAAGCUGAACAGGGUCAGAUAGACCUGCCCACAUUUUACAACUUUGAGGAGGGUCUGUCCCAGCUCACCCUGGAGGGCCAGGCCACCCUGGAAAGACUGGAGGGGAUGCUGGCCGACUCUGCAUCCCAGAAACACCACUGCAUGGCCGGGGUCAGGCCCGAGGACACCCCAACGGGAUGCUGCAAUGGUGUCCAGAAGGGAAAGUUGUUUCAUGAAAUACUUCUGACUCCUACCCUUCCUCUCCACCUCCAGAGUGUGGUGCAGUAGGGGUCUCAGGACAGUUUGAAGACGCCGACGUUGAUCAUUGAUGGAACAGAGGCCCUUGUUCGCACCCUCCUGACCGAAAGCUUUUUGAAAACGGGGGUAUUAGGGUGGAAUUGAAGUGUGGGGGGGCCUAAAGGUCUGAUUGCGUAACACAGAUGCAAGCAGAGCCAAGGCACUGGGUCUCUGAAUGAGUACAGAUAAAUAAUUUUAAUUCUCACCCGGCUAAUCUCUACUGGCAGGUCACGAUAGGCCUCGAAGUCUGGAGGACUAAAGCAAAUAACAACUCACUUUUUUGUGAAACGUUUCCAUUUUUGUUACUGAAAGAAUAGACCAGCCAGCAGAUUUAUUUUGAGCUUUGUAUGUUCAAAUAAUAAAACUUGGUUUUGUAUAAAGCAAA